UGUUAACUUACUGAAAAUUGACAUAGGCUUAGAGCAUGGUGUUGUACUUGCAGGCUAAUAUUUUUUUAUAGUUAUUAUAAAAUAAUCUUUUGUUUGCGACACAGAUUUGGUUGUUUAAUAAACAUGUUAAAGGUGCUUAAAGAGAGGUCUCAAAAAAGAAGACUUCUAUUGGCACAACAGCUUGGGGCAGGAAGUGUGGACAAUCUCAGUAUUGUACUUGGAAAUCAAGAGGAUAAAAGUUUUCAGAAUGAUAAACAACUAAAUACCUUUGCAAGUAAAGAAAAUGAAGAACAAGAAAAAGAAACAGAUUCAGUAAAAAAACAGAAAACUGAUGGUGAAGGUGAUUAUGAAGAGGAAUCGGAAAGAAAUCUUGAUUUUGCAGAGGAAGAAGUUUAUACAGGUUCCAGCACAUUUUUGAAGGUAAAGAUUGAAGGUGUAGUGGUAGCUGAUGGAUCUGUUACUGUUUUGUUGGGAGAAAGAGAACCUUUCCAAGUUGUUGAAGAUGACGAUGAACAGUUUUAUGGUUUGAACCAAGCUUCAUUGCCAAUUCUUCAACUGAUACUGCAGGAUUUUCUUCAAGUGAUGCCACAAGGAGCAUAUCAUCAAACUCAACUGGACAUCCUGUACUUGAAGUGUGAUAUGGAAACAUUUGAGCUACGGGAACUUAACUGCAAGUUUGACGUCAUACUUGUUGAACCUCCUCUUGAGGAAUAUCAGAGAUCUCAAGGUGUUUCUAAUUCAAAGUUCUGGACCUGGGAUGAAAUCAUAAAACUUGAAAUAGAGGAAGUGGCAGCACCUCGUUCAUUCAUCUUCCUGUGGUGUGGAUCUUCAGAUGGACUAGACCUAGGUAGACAGUGUUUACGACGGUGGGGGUUUAGAAGAUGUGAAGACAUAUGUUGGAUUAAAACGAAUAUUAAAAACCCAAGUCAUUCAAAGAAUCUUGAACCCAGAGCAAUAUUUCAGAGAACAAAGGAACAUUGUUUGAUGGGUAUAAAGGGCACUGUUCGACGAAGCACUGAUGGUGACUUUAUUCAUGCCAAUGUAGAUAUUGAUCUAAUAAUCUCUGAAGAAACUGAAUAUGGUAGCCUUGAUAAACCUGAAGAGAUAUUUCAUAUUAUUGAACAUUUUUGUCUUGGACGUCGCAGACUUCACAUAUUUGGUCGAGACACAACAAUCCGUCCUGGCUGGUUGACCAUUGGGCCUGAACUCACAAAUAGUAAUUUCAACAGUGAAACUUACAAUGCAUACUUUAACAAAGGACCAAACGAAUUUCUUACUGGAUGCACUGAUAGAAUUGAAGCACUCCGACCUAAAUCCCCACCUCCCAAAGGAAAAGGAGUGGGAGGUACAGGAUCUUCAGCAAGAGGCGGUUCUGUAAGGGGUGGUUCUCAAUCCAGGGGAGGCCCAGGAGGAAGGGGAAAAGUGUUUGGGGGUCGAGGACGAGGACGUGGCAGAUAGUAAAUUUUACAAUUUGUAUUCAUAAAAAUCUCAUUCACAGAAUACCAACUUCAUUGCUGUUUUUUAUUAUGUAAACAACCAGUUCUGAUCUUUUUUCUUUUGUAUCUAUGUGAAGAGAAGUUUCAUCAUAAUGUUAGUUUGAUUUCUGUUGAUUUCAUAAUUUGUGAACUUAGAAAUCAGAAAGUAUUUGAUGUAAACACCUACCAUUUACAGGAAUUAUUGGAUUCUUUUGUUAAGAUCAUUCUUAAAAACAUCAGUAUUUAUCUAAUGCUAAAAAAUGUUUAUUAACAUAUGAAGAUAUAUCCUGAAAAAAAUGAAUGAUUUUUAAUUGUUAGCUUACAGUUCCCUUUGUUUUCUGAACUGUCCUUUCCCUACAUUGUUAUCAUCCCACCAUGCUUGAAGAUAGUUACAGCAAGAGAAAUAAGUACUUGUCAAACUGAAAAUGAGAAAGAACCAUUUUAUAUGUUUUGUGUACAUCUCUGAAUAUGGUCAACAGCUGUUUUCCAUUUAACAAUACUAUAACCUGGCACAACGAUGUAAAUUUCAUUAAACUUUAUCUAUUAUUUUACAAAGAAAAUAGUUUAUAUAAACAGGUAAAGUCUUAUUUUCUGAACCAAGUUUGCAAAGCAGAUUUUAUAGGAGUUUUAUUCUGUAUGUGUCACAUAAUUAAUAUAAUAUACUGUAUAGAAGUACACUGAUUCAUAUCCAACCUUGGCCUAAUAUGUAUUCUGUUGGAUCCUAGGGCUACAAGUCAAAUUGCAUGACAUAAUAUCACUGAAUAAAUGAACAAUACUGAUUCUACCUAUCUUAGCAGUUUAGGUGGAUAAUGAGAAUGAUGCCCCUUACAUACAUGUAACCCCCAGCAGGCAUGAGAAUACUAGUACAAUUACAACAUGACUACAGACAGCAAUUUUGUCACCAAGUUUUAACCAGUUCACAAUUCUCAUCUUUACUUUCCAAGUCUUUUGUUUUCAAAAGAUUUCUUUGAUUAGGUUAUUGUAAUUAAUUUUUGAGGAAUCUAGUUUUAACUCUUAAGUAAUGCAAAGACUUAUCCUCUCGUGAUCAGUUGUGGACCAAGUGUAGAUUUGAAAGGAGCCUUUUGGCUGUAGGAACAGAAACAUGGAUGGUCAAAAUAAUCUAGAAUGCAAUCCAAAACCGUGGAGUCUAAGAAAAUUUCUGCACCAGAGUACAGCAAUAAUUUCAUAGCUUUAACUGUGAUUUGCUGUCAUCCAACCAAUUAGACAGUGUCACACCAGCAUAAUCCUUAAAAUAUAGUAAUACUAUUCUCAACAGUAGUGUGGUAAUGCACUCUUGGCUUUCAAAAUAGAAAUACUCCAAAAUGGGCGUGUUGGCUGGAAAAGAUUACUCCAUGCAAGAGAUCAAGUCAAAAUUUCAUGUUUCAGCAGGAACCUGAAGAAAGUAGUCUCAGUGGAUUUUUAACUCUUCAAAAUUAUAGAGAUUACCCAACCAAAAGGCUAGAUUUUAAAGAAGGAAAUGAGCAGAGUUUGAGGAAGGUGUUUAUACAGAUUAAUCCAAAUUCGUGUUGUUUGACAACAUAAAAACUAUAGAUUGUUUGAUGGUAGAGAUGAGAAUAAUAUCACAAACAAGAUGCACAUGGGCUGCAUAUCAGCCAAGGAUGUUGGAUAUCUACAAAAAACAACUCCAUACUAUAAAAUAAUACAAUUAUUAAACAGGGAGUAAGUAGAAGUAGAAAAAAUCUUAUACUAGAAAUAUCUUUCCAAGUUUUAUACCAAUAUCUCUUAAAGAAUUUAAUCCAAAUUUCGUUUUCACUUCAGGCAAGAAGUAAUUGGCUAAAUAAUAAAAUGCAGAUUACGUUUUGUCUGGUAAAGCUGACAGAAAAUAAAUGUUUAAUUAAAAUGUUUCAAUUUUGCCCCCUCCCCUUUGUAAAAUAAAGUGUAGAUUUUUAUGCUUCACACGUGUAGCCCCACUUUCCUGAUGGUUCAGUGGUAAACUUAUGAGCCUAUAACACAAAUUUUAAAUUUUACGAAGUUGACAUUCAAGCGCUUUUUCCCAUUUAAAUAGCUAAAUUAAGCAGGAAAUGUGUGUUGGUUGAAACGAGUAAAAGCUGUAUUAUUGUAGACUUUUUUUUUAAUAAAAGAAUUAUAUUGUU